AUGAUCACCUGUCUGUCAAUGGAAAAGAAUACACAGCCGAAACUGAAAAGCAAGAAAAUGGCUUUCCACAUCUUUUAUGUCAUUCUUCUGUUGUGUGUAAGUGCUUCUUCAUAUGCAGAUGACACAGCAGAAGAUGAUUCAGAACCACUUGACAGACACUCUCUUCCUGUGAUGAAUCUUCCUGAAGACCUGCCAGCCAACGUGAUGUACUUCCUGGCUUCUGCUGGUGCUAUCAUUCUCGCAGUACUGGUGAUAGCUGCUAUACUCUCUCUUAUCUUACCACUCUUUGGCAUCAAGCUGUGCUACCUGUUGGGCACCUGUGAACAUGUCACCUACUUCAGUCAGCCUCUUGGUGCUGUGGGUACUCAAUAUGAUGCUUAUGCCAAUGGUGGCACUUUUAACAAUCCAGUUCCUUCAACUGCUUAUUCGUCAUCAGCGUACCAAAAGCGAUCAUUGGAAUAUGUUGGCCCCAUACUAAAGGCCUUGUCUGCAGCUUAUGAGAAGUAUGCUGUACCUCUUGUGAAGAAAAAAGAAUGA